AUGGACGACCAGGUCGUGUUGAGCAGCAUCGAAAGCGCGUUGAGAGUGGGGGACCGCGUGCCGCUGUGGCGCGAUGCGCGCAUCCUACCCGCCUACGCGGCAAUCGUCUCACCACUUGUCGCUGUAUCGCACUAUACUCUCGUGCGUGUGUACCAGAAUUUCGAACGGGUGAAAGGAGGACCAACGAGCGAGUCGCCGCGGUCGUUGGCCGAGCACAUCAGAGAGCACGGUGGCUACACCAUAGUCGCGCAUAAGGUCACCCGUGCAGUCUCUUUACUCGCACUCUUCGUGAUACACCUGGUUGGUUUGGUGGAGCACAGCAGGACCGACUCGAGCGAGCGGAACGCACGCCUGGAAGAGGACGGACAACGCGCGAUCGACUUAGUCCGGUGUGUUGCCUAUGGUUACAUCCUUCUUUUAUCCCUUGGAGCUCUCUCGACCCGACCCCGGCUCGCUCAUGUUAUCUCCGUGCACCUCUCCUUUAUCCUUGUCUGCGACUUCGCCGUCUACGCCUACCGCGACCUAUGGCCCCUCCUUACGCUCACGCUAUCACCUCUCGACCGCGCAGAGGGAGCCAUUCUAUGGAUCAAAGUUGCGCUCGUCACGUAUGCCGCGGUACUCAUUCCACUCGUCACGCCUCGGCGAUACGUGCCGGUAGACCCCGCCAAACCGCAAGCACAGACGAACCCAGAACAAACGGCAUCAGCGUUGUCGUUCCUCACCUUCACCUUUCUCGAUCCAUACAUCUUUGCUGCAUAUCGUCAGAAGAGCUUGGACUUCGAGCGGUUUCCGGCCCUAUGCGACUACGACUACGCGAAGAACCUCAUCAAGCGCAGCUUCAAGCACCUCGACCGGUUCUCCGGUGCACCCUCCCAGCACAUGCUCAUUGCGUUCAUCAAGACCUUUCCUUGGGAGUUCGUGGCUCAGAUCUUGCUGAUCUGCUUGCACGUCCUCGGCAAGUUCUUGGAACCCAUUGGCAUCAACCGCUUGCUCAACUUUGUUGAGACGGGUGGCGAGGGCGCCGUCGUCCGUCCGUGGGUAUGGAUCAGCUUCAUGUUCUUCGGACCGUUCAUCGGCACCGUCGCCUUCCAACUUUACUUCUACAUCAGCACGCACACGCUCGUGCGCCUGCAGACCAUCAUCACGCAGUUGAUCUUCGAGCAUGCCCUUCGCAUGCGCAUGAAGGCGGAGACGGACGAUGCUGCAAGACAGGGCGAGGAGGUCGAAGGCAGCGGCGGCGCGAAGAAGUCGGACAACAGCAACCUAACUGGGAGGAUCAACAAUCUGGUCGCGACCGACACGACGAACAUUACGGACGGACGGGACUUCUUGUUUCUCAUACUCUACUCCCCGUUACAGUGUGCGGUCGCAAUCUACUUCCUGUACACGUUGUUGGGCUGGAGUGCGCUCAUAGGCCUGGCUCUCAUGAUAGCCAGCCUUCCACUUCCGGGAUGGAUCGCCAGUCAGAUGCAGAACCUCCAACGGACCGCCAUGAAGAAGACCGAUGCGCGCAUUCAGACGGCGACUGAGACACUGGGUAUCUUGCGUAUGAUCAAGCUCUUCGGCUGGGAAGGCAAGAUGAGCGAGCGCUUAGCCGCGAAACGCGAGGACGAGCUGCACUGGAUCAUCCGCAGAAAGCUCGCGGACCUCGCCAACAACGUUGUGAACGACAUGAUCCCGAUCUCGCAGAUGCUGGUCACGUAUGCCGUCUUCACAGUAGUUAUGAAGAGGGAGAUGACUCCUUCUCUGGUCUUUUCAACGAUAACCGUCUUUGAUCUGCUUCGCCAGCAGCUCAUCAUGGCUAUGCACAUCCUUCAACCCGUCAUCAACGCGAAGGUCUCUCUCGAGCGCGUCUCCCACUUCCUCCACGAAACCGAACUCCUCGACCGCUACACCAUCGGCGACGCUGCCAGCGCUGCUCACCACGACACCUCUAUCAUCGGCUUCCACGACGCAACAUUCACUUGGUCGAGCGACACAACGUACUCGUCCACGAGCCGUACCUUCACCCUGCGCGUCCUAGAUGAGCUCGUGUUCAAGCGCGGCGCGGUCAAUCUCAUCAUCGGCCCGACCGGCUCCGGAAAGACAAGCCUUCUCAUGGCGCUACUCGGCGAGAUGCACUUCAAGCCGACGUCACCUCACUCAUGGUAUAACUUACCGAGGGCCGGUGGCGUCGCUUAUGCUGCACAGGAGAGUUGGGUACUGAACAAGACGAUCAAGGAGAACAUCCUCUUUGGCGCCCCUUACAACGAGGACCGCUACAACAGAGUUAUCUACCAGUGCGCUUUGAAGCACGACCUAUCCCUGUUCCAAGCCGGUGACGAGACCGAAGUCGGCGAACGCGGUCUCACGCUCAGCGGCGGCCAAAAAGCGCGCAUCACGCUCGCACGUGCAAUCUAUUCCUCCGCCGAGAUCCUUCUCCUCGACGAUGUACUCGCCGCUCUGGACGUGCACACCGCUAAAUGGAUCGUCGAUAAGUGCUUUAGCGGCGAUCUCGUACGUGGACGGACUGUACUGCUUGUGACGCACAAUGUCGCACUCACACGCCCUAUCGCCGAGUUCGUCGUCGCGUUUGGGUCGCAAGGAGCAAUCGUCAGCCGCGGAACGGUGGAUGAUGCGCUUGAGAAGGAUGACACUCUUAAACACGAGUUCGAGGAGCAGGCGAUCGUCAUUGAGAAGACCGAGUUGGAGGUCGUUAAUACCGAGGAGCCGGACGCCGACAGCAAACCGACGGAUGGAAAGCUGAUCGUGGAGGAAGAGGUCCAGCGAGGCCGUGUCUCUUGGCCCGCCAUACGCCUCUUCCUUUCCGCACUUGGCGGUGGAUACCCUCUCGCUUUCUGGCUCGGCUUCGCGUUCUUCUUGGCCCUCUCUAGUGCCUUGCCCAAUAUACAAGUGUACUGGCUAGGUACCUGGGCCGAGGCAUACGAUCGGGCCUCGCGCUGGCAAGAUGUCAACAUUGCAUUCUACUUGGGCAUCACCGUUCUCAUUGCUAUCGGAUCAAAUGUCGCGUACUCUUGCGAGGGCGUGGUGUACAUGUUCGGUUUUAUCCGCGCUUCCCGCAAGAUUCAUCAACAGCUCGUCGACGCCGUUCUCGGUACGACGCUGAGGGUACUAGACAAGACUCCCAUCAGUCGCAUCUUAACUCGGUGUACGGUUGACAUGAGAACCGUCGACGGACCUCUCGCUGCGUUUCUCGAACAGGCGCUCGGAGCUCUCGUCGACAUACUCUUCAAGCUCAUCGCCAUCGUCAUCAUGGCCCCCGCCUUCCUCGUUCCAAGUCUUCUCGCGUUCGUCAUCGGGCGCUUCAUUGGUCAGAUAUACACGGCGGCGCAACUAGCCGUGAACCGCGUGAUGUCCGUCAAGAAGGCGCCGGUGCUCGGGAACUUCGGGGUCGCCAUCGCCGGGUUGACUUCUAUCAGGGCUUACAACGCCGAGGACGCCUUCCGCCAGGAGGCGUACAAGACUUCGGACGAGUACAUGAGAGCUGCACGAUUGAACUACAAUACCAACCGUUGGCUCAGCACACGCAUUAGCGCACUGAGCGGCUUGUUCUCUGCUGCUCUCGGGUCCUACCUCGUCUAUGGUCCGGGUCGUUCCGCCCUUCCGUCGGACAUCGGCUUCACCCUGAACAUGGGCGUGGGGUUCUCGGGAAGCAUACUAUGGUGUGUACGGGUCUUCAACAUGCUCGAGGUCCAGGGCAACAGCCUGGAACGUAUACACGCGUACCUUGCCCUCGAGCAAGAGCCGCAACCUGUGAAGGAGAAGAUCCCACCAGCAUCAUGGCCAUCGAGCGGCGAGCUGCGCGUCGAAAGCCUUUCAGCACGUUACUCGCCCGAAGGGCCACGCGUCCUUCACGAGCUGUCAUUCACGAUCAAGUCAGGCGAACGCAUCGGUAUUGUCGGACGCACAGGGAGCGGGAAGAGCUCGCUCACCCUGUCUCUGCUGCGCUGCAUCCUCACCGAAGGCUCAAUCAUUUUCGACGGCAUCGACACAAGUACCAUCAACCUCGACGUCUUGCGCUCGAACAUCACCAUCAUUCCGCAGGUGCCGGAGCUGCUCAGCGGUACUCUGCGCGAGAACCUGGAUCCAUUCGGCGAGCAUGAUGAUGCUACGCUCAACGCUGCUCUCCGUUCGGCCGGUUUGCACUCGCUGCAGAAGGACAUCAAAGAGUCCGACUCUGCGCGUAUCACGCUCGAGACGCAGGUAGCGAGUGCCGGAGGGAAUCUGAGCGUCGGACAGCGCCAAGUUCUGGCGCUUGCGCGCGCCCUUGUGCGCGGCAGCAAGCUGCUUAUUCUGGACGAGGCGACAAGCAGCAUCGACUACGAAACGGACGCGAUCAUACAGAACUCGCUCAGGACUGAGCUCGGUGGAGACGUGACGUUGCUCACGGUUGCGCAUCGCUUGCAGACCAUCAUGGAUGCCGACAGAGUUAUGGUACUUGAUGCCGGUCGGAUCGUCGAGUUCGAUACACCUAGCGCGCUUCUUGCCGAGGAUGCCGGGUACUUCAAAGCGCUCGUCGAGGAAAGCUCGGAUAAAGAGGCAUUGUAUGCGAUGGCUGAGGGCAAGAUGCCUACGGCUUAG